AUGGGCUCAGGCAUCCCUCAAACCCAAACCGUCGCCUUGGUUUCCAGCCUCGGCGGCACCGUCGAGUUCAAAGACGACUACCCAGUUCCUACCGCCGGCCGCAAUGAAGUCCUAGCCAAAGUCCUCUACACAGGCGUGUGCCAGAGCGACCUACACACAAAAUCCGGCACAGCAGCCGGCCCCGACGGCACGCCCAUAACAAAAAUCAAACUCCCCCACAUCGGCGGGCACGAAGGGAUCGGGCGAAUCCUCACCCUAGGACCGGACAUCACACACAGCACGGGUCUGAAGGUCGGCGGCCUGGUGGGCAUCCGCUUCGCAAGCCGGAUCUGCAGACGCUGCGAGUUCUGUCUCGCGGGCACAGAGCAGUACUGCGUGCGCGCGACAAACCAUCUGCACCAUGAGGACGGCAGUUUCCAGGAAUAUAUUGCGCUGGAUGCGGACUAUUUGACGGUUCUGCCGGAUGAUGUGGAUCCUGUUGUUAUGGGGCCGGUGCUUUGUGCGGGGUUGACUGCUUAUAAGGCGGUGCUCAAUACAAAGAUCCAGCCUGGGAGUUGGUUAGUUGUUGUUGGGGCUGGCGGUGGUCUUGGACAUCUAGCAGUACAAUAUGCCCGCGCCCAAGGAUCCCUCGUUAUCGGGGUAGAUACCGGACCCGGGCGACGAGAAUUCGUCCUCGGCCUCGGCGCCAACGAGUACAUCGAUUUCGCGCGCGAGGAUCCCGUCCAGAAAGUGCAAGCAAUAACCGGGCUAGGUGCCCACGCGGUGGUUGUGACAGCCGGCAGCGCCAGGGCGUUUGCAAAUGCCUGUGAUAUGUUACGGGUGGGAGGGUGUUUGAGCUGUGUGGGUAUUCCACCUGGCCGGCCGGCUCUGGAGACGCCGAUCUGUACGAUUGUGAUUAAGGGAUUGAGGAUUACGGGUAAUCUUGUUGGGUCUUUGAAGGAGUGCAUGGACGCGGUUGAGCUGGUGCGGAGGGGGGUUGUGAAGCCAGUUAUUAAGGUGAGGCCGUUCAGGGACUUGCCGAAGGUCUAUGAGGAUAUGGAGAAGGGGGAUAUCUCUGGGAGAGUGGUCCUUCAAGUUGCCAGUGAUUGA